AUGGAAGAGAGAUAUGCCAUCUCUCUUGGCGACUGCCUUGGUCUGAGUAGACUGGAUAUGUGCUUCUUCACGUACAGGUUCGAGUCACAGUCGCUCUACGAAGUGUGCGAGUCUGUGGUAGCCUGCUGCGUUGUUGUAUCAUCAGCAAAGCUGGAUGGAAUCAAUGAGAACACAAUUCGGGUCCUGGUCAACAAUGGAUUUGAGGACACGUCCAGCAAGAUCAGAAAUCUCAUUUGUGAUGAGAUGCUCUACAGGGUUAUACACAGGCCCAGCCUGGCUGACGUUCAAGAGGACUCCAAAACGCACAGGGAGGCCAUGAAAAAGUAUUUGGAAGAGAUGAAUGAUGCCGUACCGCUUCAGACGGCUUAG